AGGCUACCUCUGCAGCGUCUCCAUUGUAUUUACAAAAAAAUAAAAAACAAAAGUGACCUAGUGAUGAUAUUUCUCUUCGUUAACCAGUCCAGUUGCUUCCAAAGGUAGAGAGCAAGAACAUUGAAAUGACGUCACUGUCCUUGAAAUGGAAACACCCCGCGUAAGCCAAGUAAACCGACGACGUUAGGCCUUUAGCUGUCAUGCAACUGGGUUCCACGCGAUCAUUCUUCUUCCAUCAGCUCCUCUGCUACUACCAACCCAAGUGAAAAUGAAAAAAAUUUGAUUCAUACGUUCUACGUUCUCCCUUUGAAUAAUUAGCAGGGUAAAAAUAUCUCGCCAGAAGCUUUUCCGGCGAUGUCGUCACCAGCUCCGGGAACCUCUCCCGCUGUUCCCAACUCGCCUCCCGUUGUUUCUGCCUCACCUCCAGCCACGAACUCCACCUCGUCUCCGCCGCCACCAUCUCAGACCAACUCGACUGCUUCGCCUCCGCCACCCGAGACAAACUCCAACUCUUCGACUACUUCUUUUCAGCCUCCACCAUCCUCGGAUUCUACGAAUGGCUCGACGCCUUCAGGUUCACUGCCACCGAAGCCUAAGGGGCUGCCUCCGGGGGCUCUGGCGGGGCUAAUAGUGGGAAUAGCGUUGGGAGCAAUCAUUGUGCUGAUUGGUUUGGGCAUUUUCUUCAUUUGUUACCGGAGAAAGAACAGAAAGGAGGCACUGAGUUCUAAAGGUGACCAUAAUACCGGCCCACUUCAGCAUUGGCAACAGAACUACACUCCACCUACAGACAAUAAUGCAGCGUUAUUGCCAAACCCUGCCCCUGUCCCAGUAAUCUCAUCAAAGCCCUACCAGUCACCAGUGCUUGGUCCUGUUUACCAUGAACCUCCUUCGACAAGUAGUAGUUUGGGCUCUGAAAAACCAUUUGCAUCACCAUCACCAUCCCCUGGCAUUCUUGGUUUUCCACUGUGUACGUUUUCUUAUGAAGAACUUGCAGUGGCAACUAAUGGUUUCUCCAAUACUAACCUUGUUGGUCAGGGUGGUUUUGGUUAUGUCCAUAAGGGAGUCCUCCAUGAUGGUAAAGUGGUUGCAAUUAAGCGGCUUAAACCCGGAAGUGGACAGGGGGAGCGUGAAUUUCAGGCGGAGAUUGAAAUCAUUAGUCGUGUCCAUCACAGGCAUCUUGUUUCAUUGAUUGGAUAUUGCAUUACUGGAACCCAGAGGAUUCUUGUAUAUGAAUUUGUUCCAAACAACACCUUGGAAUUCCAUCUACAUGGAAAGGAGAGACCAACUAUGCACUGGUCAACUAGAAUGAAAAUUGCUGUAGGCUCAGCCAAAGGAUUGGCUUACCUGCAUGAAGACUGUCAGCCCAAGAUCAUACACCGAGAUAUCAAGGCAGCCAAUAUUCUUCUUGAUGAUAGCUUUGAAGCAAAGGUUGCUGAUUUUGGACUGGCCAAGUAUUCUUUGGAUACUGAUACUCAUGUCUCCACUCGAGUGAUGGGAACUUUCGGUUAUAUGGCUCCAGAGUAUGCCUCUUCUGGUAAGCUCACUGAGAAGUCAGAUGUCUUUUCCUUUGGUGUUGUGCUUCUUGAGUUGAUCACAGGGCGCCGGCCAGUUGAUAAGACUCAAUCCUUCCUUGGUGAUAGUAUAGUUGAUUGGGCAAGGCCUUUGCUCAAACAAGCUUUGGAAGAAGGCGUCUACGAUGCUCUUGCUGAUCCAAAAUUACAGGGGGACUAUGAUUCCAAUGAAAUGACUCGAAUGAUUUCAUUUGCUGCAGCCUGUAUACGUCAUUCAGCACGUCUUCGACCACGAAUGAGCCAGAUAGUUCGAGCACUGGAAGGAAAUGUGUCUCUAGAUGAUUUAAGUGAUGGAAUCACAACUGGGCACAGCAUGGUGUAUGGCUCUUAUGGAGGUUCAGACUAUAGUUCUACCCAAUACAAGGAAGACUUGAAGAAAUUCAGGAAGAUGGCACUAGAAAGCCAAGAACAUAGUAGCAGUGAGUACAGUGGAAUCACCAGUGAGUAUGGUCUACAACCAUUUAGCAGUAGCACUGAAGGCCAAGGUACACAAGAGAUGGAAUCAAUUAGGAAGGAGACAACCACCAAAAAUUCCCAUGAAAGUUCUUGACAGUUUAUUACAUUGUUCUCAGUUCAUCAAUUUCAGGUAGAUAUAUCUGCACAGUAAUCAAUAUUGGAUUCACUAUUUGGUGGCUGGUCGAUUAAGUGUCCAGAAAUUCAGCUUGGCAGAGACUUGGCUGUGCUGAAUGUAGUAAAAUGGAGCUGGGAUGCAUGAGAUGGGGUCUAUUUUGUAUUUAAUUAGGCCAAUUUUUCUAGAUGAGACAAUCUUAUCACAUUUAUCCUGUUUUGACCCUCUCAUUGUUUAUGUAUUCCCAAGAAUAUAUAGAGUUGGAUUAGAUACCAUCGACAUGAUAAAUUGAACCAGAUUUCCAACUUC